AUGGAGACUGAAACUCAAUAUCAAAUUAGUCCAUAAGGUGUGUUACUAAUUAUAUCUUUAGAUGUCGAAUUUCUGAAUGAUAAAUAUCGUCUGGUUUUUACAUAUCCCACAGCAGCAUUUGCCAUAUCCGCUGUCAUCCUUGCAUCCACAAGAUUUUUGAGCUUCCCAAAAUUCUUCAGAAACCCUCUUGAAUCUCCAGAAGGAAAUGCUCUCUUCUACUAGAGACUGGCCAAAAUGGCAAAACCACCUUUGCUAUUAUAUGGGGCAUGCGUUGGAGGAGCUGUUGGGUUAUUUCAGUAUGAACUAGCCAAGUAUUAGAUGUUUGUGAAGUACAAAACUCUAGUAAAUACAUAUUUGGAUGCUUGUGAGGCUGUCUACGUGAGUGAAUUAAAAAAGAGUUAGGAAAAAUGA